AUGGAGAACAUCGAUCUUGAAAGGCUGUUUGAAGAAGCAGUAGAAAACAAGCCCGAGCUUGCAGGAGUAUUCGAGCUGUCCCAGGGAGCCACCCCGAACAUCAACAACCCGAUCCAUCCGCUCUUUCGCCGGACGAACUUCCCCUCACUGAGCCUCCGCGAGUACGCGGGCAUGGAACUCGCGCUCCGGCUAGCUUCGCUAUUCAUCACCGCGGACCCGAUGCUUGAAUGGUUCGUCAAUGCCGCCUACGGCUUCGAGACUGUCCACCCCACGCGCGCUAACGAGAAGAUCCUCGAGCAGGUCACCGUCGAGUACACCAACGGACACUAUGACACCGUCUCGGACGCCCUCGUCAGCCUCGCUGACUUCGUCGAGUUCGACUUCGAUGUGUUCCCCGGGUUUGUAAGCUGCGGCCGCUCGCAGCUCUACGAGAGCAACACGCCGCGGGUGCGCCACGCCCACUCCUGGUACCAGCAGGCGAACCGCAAGCGCCGAAGGGUGCAGACCAAGCUACACGCCGACUUCAAGACGCACGCGCGACACGCAGCUGCAGUGACGGCCGUCAGUUGCCAGGGGAGCGCCAACCCGCCCUGUGACAUGAACGCAUGGUUGCGCUACUCGUUCUUCCUCGCUGUCACCGCAACGCACGAAAUGUGCCACGCGUUCGGCUUGCUGAAGCGGAACAACGCAGAUGAGCCCUUCUUCGGGGCCGACGCCCCCACCUCGGACUGGGGCACGGCGUGGGAGAUGUGGGCGCUUGGUGGCGAAAUCAACCCCUGGCACCCGUCGCGCAUGGCGCCGACCGUGACGCUGCUGGCGGCCGACUGGGUCGACAGGCGGCGGCAGGGCAGGUACGGCGGCCUGGCGUCCUCGGUCGUGCCCAUGGACUGGGUCGCCAGGUGGUUUCGGCGGCGGUUCUGGACCGAGAUGCAGGCCGGGAAUGACUUGAGGACGCUGCCAAUUUGCGACGUGCAUGUCUGGCAGCAGGCCAACCGAAGGGGAUGCUUGACAAAUGGCAAGGUAAGUCUGCACUACAUAUCCGAGCUUUCUGAUCAGGCAAUGCACCGCAGCCGCGGCACAAAGAGGAAGGAGAGUGAACGAUACGACCUUGUCCCAGCCUGCGGAGAUGCCGACACAGCACCGGACGGGAACUCGAGCAGCAAGAAGCGGUAUCGCACGUGGGAUGGAGAAUUCGUGAGCCCAAAGGCGGCGAUGAUCGACAAUCGGUGA